CAGUUGGUACCAAACGCCAAAGCAGAAAGGUUGAGUGUUGUGGUAAUCUUUGGCGCGCGGAAUAACAAUUGUGGUAGUGUGUGGAUGUGUUGAGUGAAGUUGUAAGGCUUGUAUGUAGUGAGGCAAAACUGUUACCACCGAGGUAGUGUGUGGAUGUGUUGAGUGAAGUUGUAAGGCUUGUAUGUAGUGAGGCAAAACUGUUACCACCGAGAUUAGUUCUUGUCAGAUUGCAUGAAACUUGUGCGCGUUGCAUUUAAUGUUGAAGAUGCGAUUUGGUACGGUUUCGUACUCGCAUAAGAAAGUGAAUUUACUGUUUUGUUAGCAACUCCUGAAUGUAUAGUCCGUUUACUGUUCACAGAUUAAUACAGAAAACAGCUCACGAGUGGCUUAGAAGCUGAUGAAGUCUAAGUUGACUGAAUGACUAGUGUCUUCCUUCAAAAACUGAAAGUACAAAUAGCACAGUUUGUCUGAUGUCAUACAGGACAAUCUUUAUCAGAUACAUGUCAUUUUUCAUGUGAAGCUGAGUUAUGACAGCACAGAGUUCAAAGCAGAGGCCCAAAUUCUUGAAACCAGCUGAAAAUUGGUGGGAAGAGGACAAGUCUGAAAUUGAUCCAAAUAAUGCCACGACGUUUGUGUACAAUCCAUAUGUCUCAUUCUCAUUGGAACAGCAGCGUCAGCAGUUGCCUAUCUUCAGCAAUAGAAGCCAUAUAUUGUACCUGUUGGAAAAUUUCCAGACAUUAGUGCUUGUGGGUGAAACAGGCUGUGGCAAAAGUACUCAGGUUCCUCAGUAUCUGGUGGAGGCAGGAUGGGCAGCCGAUGGAAAAAUAGUGGGUGUGACAGAGCCAAGGCGUGUGGCUGCUACGACUUUAGCAAUGAGAGUUGCAGAUGAAAAAAACUGCAUGGUUGGUCAACUUGUUGGCUACAGCAUUCGCUUUGAUGAUCAUUUUGAUCCUGAACACACUAAAAUAAAAUACAUGACAGAAGGCAUCUUGCUCCGGGAAAUGAUGGCUGAUCCUCUCCUGAGAAAUUAUUGUGUUAUAAUGCUGGAUGAAGUUCAUGAGAGAACACUCUUCACUGAUAUUGUCAUGGGACUACUUAAAAAGAUUUUGAGAAAAAGGAAGAAUCUUAAGCUGAUUGUCACUUCAGCUACAGUUGAUGCUGAACAUCUUAAGAACUUUUUUAGUCAUUCACCCAGUAAUAAGGAUACUGCAGUUAUUAUGAGUGUUCAUGGAAGGUUGUAUCCAGUCAGUGUCUAUUAUCUAAAAGAACCAGUAGCCGACUAUGUUCAAGGAGUUGUCGAUACAGUUAUAAAAAUCCAUGAAAAUGAACCAUUAGGAGACAUAUUGGCCUUCCUCACAGGCCAGGAAGAGGUGGAGAGAGCUGUGUCAGUUUUGAAAGAGCGUGCAGCUCAUCUUAAAUCUGACAAAGGUAAACUUCUUAUCCUGCCAAUGUAUGGCUCCCUACCCAAUGGAGAGCAAUUAAAAGUGUUUCGAUUUACUCCUCGAGGUAUGAGGAAGGUUGUAAUAUCAACUAAUAUAGCUGAGACAUCUGUAACAAUUCCAGGAAUUGUGUAUGUUGUGGACUGUGGUUUUGUGAAGUUGCGCUGGUUUAAUCCAGAGAACCAUGCAGACUCAUUGGUUGUCGUGCCAGUGUCACAGGCAUCAGCUGAGCAGCGGGCAGGCAGAGCAGGUCGAGUACGUGUAGGAAAAGUGUACAGGCUGUACACAGAAGAGGCCUUCAAAGAUCUUGUAGAAGCCACUCCACCUGAAAUGCAACGAACAGAUUUAUCUAUGGCAAUUCUGCAGUUGAAAGCUCUUGGAAUUGACAAUGUGCUACGAUUCAACUUUCCUUCCCCUCCACCAGCCAAGAAUCUUCUUUCUGGUCUUGAAUUGUUGUAUGCUCUUGGAGCAUUAGACAGAGAUGGGCAGCUGACAAAACCACUUGGUGUAACAAUGGCAGAGUUUCCAAUUGAACCUCUCUUUUCAAAAUGUUUAAUUAUUUCUGGUGAAUUUGGCUGCUCAGAGGAAAUGCUGUCAAUAAUUGCAAUGCUGCAGGUUCAAAAUGUUUUUACCAAGCCUAGCAUUGGCCAGCUUGCAAUUAAGGCUCGCAUUGCAAAGAGAAAAUUUGAAGUUUCAGAAGGUGAUCUUUUGACAUACCUAAAUGUUUACAAUUCCUUCAUAAAGCAUGAGAUGUCUCGAGAAUGGUGCCAUACAAACUUUCUCAACUAUAAAGGGCUGCGUAGAGCAUCUGAAAUUAGACAGCAAAUGAGCAAACUUCUACACCACUUCAGUAUUCCUAUUACAUCUUGUGAAGGUAACACAGAAGUGAUUUGUCGUUGCAUUACGGCAGGCCUCUUCCCAAAUGCUGUCUAUCUUCACUACUCUGGUGUUUAUAAGACUGUACGAGGGGACCAAGUCUUAAACAUACAUCCAACAUCUGUUAUAUAUACACUGGAGCAGCCUCAAUGGUUAUUAUACUGUGAAAUUCUUUACACGAAUGAAGCAUACAUGAGGGAUCUGACUGUUAUUGAGCCUUCAUGGCUCGAAGAACUAGCUCCUCACUUCUACCAGAAAACAGUUGAUAAAGAUUACUAAUCAUUUUAAUUGCAAUCUGACUAAGUACUUAAUUUUGUAAGACUUCAAAGGCUCUGUGUUUGCAGUACAUGUGAUUAGAUCUUGUAAUGAAAGAUCUGUCUCUUUCUGCAGUAGUGGCAGGUAUAAAAUGAAAUUUUAUGUUACAUUAAAGCUGUCACCUAGACCAUACUUGAACUGGGGAGUCCACCUAGUCUGCAGAAAUUAGAGGAGAAGUUAUUGGAAGCAUGUAAAAAUAAGAGAUUAAUAAAAACAGAAUGACUUUUAGAGUGUGUUCCUCAAGCUCCUGUGGACAGUUCAGGUAGCUACCAAUGAAAAGCAGAAACCUGCAUUUGCUUGUGGUCUGGCACACAAUGUAAUCUAUUACUAAGGAAGGAACCUUGUGUAAAAACAAGUUUUCAUUGUUCACGUCAUUAAAUUUUGUAUGUCAGUAAAUUGCUGUAAUGUGUGUGUUGGAGCAGUAGACAUAUCAUAUUCCAUUAUGUAAAUUGCAUUUAAAUUUGUAUGUGUGAGGUAUCAGAGUGAUUUACAACAAUAAUAUUUCAGACAAAAAUUAUAAAUGUAAGAAAGUUCCAGGCACAAGAAGACUGAAAUUAAAACAAUGGGUAUUUUAUUAUGAUUUGAACUGUAAAUUUAUUGUAACUACACAUUUUGCUACAACUUCAGAAAUUACAGGUUUGUUUGAAACGCUGUGUCUGAUGCAGGAGAUAAAGACAACCUACGAGGGUGCUUUGAAAAGUUCUCGGAAUGGAGUAGAAAAGAAGUACUUACAUCACUGAAACCUUUUUUUAUUUUUCAAUGUAGUCUCCUUGUAGAUUAAUGCACUGGUCCAAUGAAAUUCCAGUGCCUUGAUCCCAUCUCGAAAAUGAGUUUCCUCCAGGCCUGCAAAAUAGUUGUCAAUUCCUGCCAACAAUUCUUCGUUUGAAGUGACUCUUUGCCCACCAAGAAAAAUUUUCAGUUUUGGGAAGAGAUGGAAAUCUGACAGAGCCAUAUAAGGUGAAUAAGGUGGGUGUGGCAACAAUUCAUACCAUAGUUCGUGUAAUUUUGCCAGGGCGAUGACGUGUGUGGGUGUGCAUUGUCUUGAUGGAAGAUGACUUUCUUCCCUGCUAAAUGUGGCCUUUCUUCGCAUAUAUUUUGUUGCAAUUUGACCAGGAGGUUAGCAUAGUAUUCUCCAGUAAUUGUUUCCCCAGUGGGGAUAUAAUCUACAAACAGAAUCCCCUUCACAUCCCAGAACAUUGAUACCAUAACCUUUCCUACCAAAGGCAUUGUCUUGGCUUUCUUUGGUGGUGGAGAAUCAGUAUGUUUCUACUACUUUGAGUGUUGUUUUGCCUCUGGGGUAUAGUAGUGCACCCAAGUUUCAUCUGUGGUCACAAACCGGCACAAAAAAUCUUGUUCGUUUUUCUAAAACGGGCCAAACAUUGUUCUGAUACAUCCAUUCUCAUGCGUUUUUGAUCCAGCUCAAGAGUUGUGGCACCUAUCUUGCAGAUAAUUUUUUCAUUUCUAAUUCUUCAGUUAAAAUGUGAUACACUUUUUAGACGGCAUCUGGCAAGCAUGAGAAAUUUCAGGCACUUUUAAUUGGUGAUCCUCCAUGACCAUUUUGUGCACUUUUGCAAUGAUUUCUGGAGUAGUGACAUGUCUUGGCCGACCACUGUGCAGAUCAUCAUCUAAGCUCUCUCUACCAAAUUUAAAUUCAUUUUUCCACUUGGCAAGAGUUGAAUAUGACGGAACAGAGUCCCCUAGUGUAUUAUGGAAAUCGGCAUGAAUGUCCUUUGCUUUCAUACCUUUGCUUACGAAGAACUUCACCACUGCUCGAAUCUCAAUUUUUUCCAUCUUCGCAAAUCAAUAUGCAGGAAUAACAGCAAAGCCACAUCACCACCACAGCUCUCUUGCAAGAGACAGCAAUCCAAUGAAUAUCAACUGAACAACUCGUUGCGCUAGCACUGACCUAUGAUAAUGAGACUGAGAACUUUUCAAACUGUCCUUGUACCUUUACAAGUUCAAAAUGAAAGUAUGGAAUUCUUUAAUGGUGAAUUCUUGACAUUCACUUAUAGCAAACGUUAUACCUCAUGCAAUAUUCUUUCACGUUUUCAUAGAUAAAAAACUGUAAAGUUGUGCUAAACCCGAUUGAUAGGUCGAGCAGCACAAUUCUUUAUGAGACAAAGUUCCACUGUAGGUGGUAUCUCCUGCCUUCCUCUGACCUAGCCAGCUAUGAGGAAACUUACUGCAGAGCAUGGUGUUACCAGUUGUGUACAUUUAUUCCUCCAAGUGACUGCAUUAUCCAGCAAAUAAAUUUCUGUGACACCCUACUUACGCUCCCAGCUGCUAGAUGUCAGGUAUGAAUUCCUCUGAUUACCAUAGAAGAACAAAGCACAUGCUCUGCCAGUGGUAUGAACCUCAAUACUUUCAAGAUGUUUUACUUUGUUUUCGCUAGUUAAUAAUAUGUUUUGUGUCCUUACUUGGUGGCAAGGACACAGGAAGAAAUAGCAUUCCCAGUUAUGUCUGCAACAGUUUACUGCACAAGGUUAAUAACAACAUGAUGUAAGGUGCUCUUUCCAAUCUGGUCUUGACCUGGCAUGGAGAUGUGGCCAGCACAUGGCUGGCACAAGGUGAUGCGUGGGAGGGUGUGACAGAUGCCUGGUGAUUGACACUGGGGUGAGAGAGGUGCAACUGGCGCCCAGUGAGACUAACAGCAUCAGUAGCCCGAUAAGCCAGCAUCACUAGCCAUUGGUGAGGCAGCACUCAAUCGGCAUUCACCACCUGGGACACAGCAAGGCCAAUGAGUUGGCAAGGGUGAUGUUUUUCUGGGUGAUGGCAGUGUCUGCAGGCAUUGGAGGUAGCUGUGAGACAACAAUCUACCAGUGUGGUCACUUCGGAUGUGAUGAUGCUGACAGAUUGUGCUGGUGUAGAGCUGAGGAGGUGGCAAUGAAUCCGGCAGGCAUUGGAGACGAAUGGGGGCAGCGGUGGUCCCUGAGGAUACCAGUGGGCUGGCUAGAUGGACAGUGAGACUCUGACUGGUGGGUCACAAGCAACCAGUGAAAUUGCCAUAAGUAGGAGAACCAUCUGUCUACUUUUGGCCUUAGUACAGCGUAUAAAGGCAGGCUGCCUGAUAUGCAUGUAGUUGGUGGCACCACAGAUGGUGCGCGCAGAUAGGAGGCGUUUUCAGAAAGUAAGUUUACCAGAUUUUUAUAUUUUUUUUAGAAGAAAUGUAUUUGAAAAAGAUUACAGAAUAUUGUUAAUACACUUGUUGCCUGUUUUUCCACGUAAUCACCAUCUGGUUUGUAAUCUUAUCCUCCUACACAUCACUAUUAAAGUUCUCAUUCUUUGCACAAAUUUUGAAAACUUCGAGAGGAGUAAGAUUACAUAAGAAGAACUUUUUUACUUAUCUUGAUUAUCUCCUCAUUGUUGUUGGUGGUGGUGGCUCAAAAUCUUAUUAUGUCUCGGAGUACAUUCUUGCUGCUGAAAAUUCUGAUUUGACCUUACGGGUUCUUGUUGCACUAAAUAAAUGAUGAAGAUUUGCCUGUUGCUAUAAAUACCUUUUAUUUUAUCCCAUUAUUCUAUACCACACUGUCUUCACAAUCUCAAUUUUCGUCACACCACAAAUUACAUUAUUAGAGGCAAGAUUAUCAAAAUACGUGCGUUUCCAUCAGAUGCAUACCCGCCACUCAUUAAAUUCUGUGGUGCUCAAAUUAUUCAAAAGAGUUUACAAAGCAAAAGAGUUUGCAAACUUUCUCGACAAGAGAAGAAUCUUUACCAAAUUAUAUCAUUAUUUUAUAUAUAAAUCCAGAAAUAAAUUUGAUAAUUAGUGUUAGAUUGUGCAAUUAAUAAUAUGAAUUUAAAGUAUGCCAGAAAUUUCAUAAUUUCAAUUAUUUUUA